AUGGUAGACCAUAGACCUAAUGAGAAUAUUUGGUAUUAUCUAAAGAGAGAGGCAUACAAGGAGGCAGGUGAUGCAAGAGAACUUACGAGUCCUCUAUCGAUCUUUGCCGACGAGAUUGAAGCAAGUUCAUACCUUGGAGGCGACUCUCAAUUCUCAUCUAACCAAUAUACCAGUGUCUAUGGUGACAUUAAACCAAGUGGUAUCUAUGGUGCAAACUCUAGCCUCUACACAACUAAUCUUACAUCGAUUGAUAGUGAUAUUGGUGGUGGUGGAGGUAGUUCAUAUGUUAAAGAUUCUUUUUGGAAGGAUGAUAGUGCUGUAUCUUCAUAUUCUAUACCAUCAUCUGCCGGUUAUUUGGCAGAUACAUCUGGACUAUCAGAUUCGGCGUCAGUGUCAGUGUCAAGUCCAACACCAUCAGAUGAUUUAAAUUCAAUCGUAUCAUAUAUAAAUACAUAUAGUGAUUAUAGUCAGAGUCAUCAUCGUCGUCAUCAAAGUACUAGUGCUGCUACCAAUACCAAAGAAAAGACAACAACAACAACAAAUGGGAAUAUAUAUACUCACAAUAGAAAUAUAUCAUUGGGUUCCCCACCUGCUGCCAACUAUAGUUCAUACAUUGAAGCAUUCUCUGAACAUGGAGGUGGUGGAGGGGAUCGUAAUCUAGUUGGUAGUACCAACUCAGGGUCAUCAAUGAUAAGCGCAUCGACUGGUAGUAAUAGUAGUACUACAUCUGGUUUAGGUAAUUCAGCUGGUAGUGGGUAUUCUGGGCAUCCAUCCUCUGGAGUAGCCAACUACUUGAAUCAUCCACCACCUCCAACAAGUCUUACCAAUUCAAUGACUACUACUACUACAACAAAGAUACCACUUGCACAAACACCAGAGAUGGCAUUAUCAGGAGAUUCAGUAAAAUCAACAAACUCAUCAACCAACAUCAAUCUAUUGAUAAAGGAAGGGAUAGAAGAGAAUAAGAAUAUAUCAAGUCUGCCGUGGAACGAGUCAUUUCAAGAGUUGUUGGAUCGACCUGUCAAUAGUUUGGAAGAGGAGCGUGUACGUAAUCACAGCAUCUCACUCUUUUCACAGCAUCUGGCUAAUACGGCCACCACCUAUGUCAAGACACUCGUACAAGAGGUGCAUAUGCGAUCCGAGUGCAAGAGUAUCAAACCGUACGAGGGUGCUGGAGGGUUUGCAGGUGGCGAAAAGUACCGUGUCGAGUCGAUGUUUAUCAAGUUUGCACUCAAUCCACACCAAAUCUAUGAAAAGAGUAACCCUGUAUCAUACUUUGCCAACAAAGGGGCUGGACACGAACUCAAGAGUAUCAAUGCACUCGUGUCGUGUGGAGUACCCAAUCUGCACUUUCCACUUAUGUGUUUGCUCAACUAUCGAGGGUUCCGUCUGAUUGUUAUUAGCGAGUUGCCCAUCUCAUCCAAGACACUGGUAUUUGGCAGUUCCAACGCUGGAGAGACUAUCCACAAGAACGAUACGGUCCUCAAGAUGAUGGUCAAGGUUGGUGAGAUACUCAACCUCAAAGAGCAUUUGGUCGAAGAGAAUCGAUUUGCCAUUCGUCGUACUGGUUUGCAGUACAAUAUCCCGCUGGCGAUUGAUAUAGAGGGACAUUUUGGGUUCGAUGGACGAUACUAUGUGGUUGACACUGCGCGUCUGUUCCCACCCGAGACACCGAUCCCGGGUAUCACGGGAUGCCACUUGUAUCGAUUGUUCCGACCCGAGUUUGUUAAAAAGUACGAGACCCAACUAUGCUCGGACGCAUUUGCCAACUUUAACGUUGUCAACCAGGACCCAUACAACGAAGAAGCGACCAAAGCCAACAACCAUCUCAUCCUAGAGUACAUCCCGGCGUUUGUCGAGCGGUUCGUAGCCGCCGAAGUCACGGGCAAGACACUUAAGGAGACGUUGCACAAAGAGGGUAUCAAUCUGCGAUACCUCGGUGUUAUCCUCUACCAUAUUACAUGUACACUUGAAAAGAUUGACGAGCCUCGCAAACGCUAUUUGCAAGGAUUGCUGUGCAUUGAAAUGUUGGCACGUGUGAUGCGGUUUGUCGUGUUUACAGAGAUGCGUCAAAUCAAUGCGCCAGACGACGAGCCUCAUCUAACCGUCGCCAUCAACCAUCUCAACAAACUGCUCACCAUGGGCACCGGUGACACCAAUUCUAAAUACUGGAGCAUAUUCCUCACCAAAUCGCUCAUUGGCAAAUACUCGUAUACCUGUACCACCGUACCAAAGGUCGAGAAACAGGUAGGCGAGUUGUUUACCAGUACCAAGGGUCUGUCGACCAUUCUCAAUACGAUGACUCAACCUGUCAUUACCCUUUCACCUCCCUUUACAGCUGCCUAUUAUACACCGGCCAAGAAUAGCAUCAAAUACAAGUUUAUCAAAAAGUUUGCAGAAUUGACCGGUUUGGUAUUUGACGAAAAUACAAUGAAACAAUUAAAAGAGGAUCAGAAUCCAGUUACUCUUACAAUCAAAGAUAUUAAACAGAUUGAUAUCACUGUCAAGCAUAUGCGAGUGUCUUCAAGUUUCAAGACAUUUGUUAAUUACAGUGAAGCAGAGACCUACUAUAAAACCGAACUAGAGUAUAAAUCAAACAAACUUGGCAAGGAUCAUACUCAGGUUGCAUUGACUCACAUUCAUUUGGCAGAGCUCUAUGAAACCUAUUCAAACUUACAAGGUGCUCAACGUCACUACAACGAAGCCAUUACCAUUUAUCAAGCUCGUUUUGGUCAAGAUGAUAUUGGUACUGCAAAUUUUAAGGAAAAAUUGGCUCUUUGUUUAAUUAAACAAAAAAAUUAUUUAGAUGCUUCAAAAUUAUUAGAAUCAGUAUUAAUUGUAAAGAUUAAAAUAUUUAAAGAUAAUUCAAUUGAAGUAGCAGAUACAUAUGAUAAUUUAGCAUGGACAUUACAAUCACAAGGGUUAUAUGAAAAGUCAUUAUCAUAUUAUAACAAGGCAUUAAAGAUUAAAGCAUCAAAGAGUGGAAACUCACUCAGCGUAGCCAAGACAUUGAAUAAUUUGGGUCAUUUACUACUAUCAAACAAUGAAUUGGAAAAGAGUUUGGAUAUUUUCUUAAAGGUGGAAGAUAUCUUUGUGAAGCAGUAUGGUAGAAACCAUAGUGAUGUUGCAGUCACUCUGGAUAAUAUCGGGUUGGUCUAUGCCAAGAAAAAGAAUUAUUCAAUGGCCGAGAAAUAUUUCAAGGAUUGUUUGGAGAUUAGAACCAAACAGUUUGGAGAGGUGUCGAGAUAUGUUGCAUUGACACUUGACCAUAUGGCUCAGAUGUACAUUUCAUGGGGUCGUAGCAAACACUCAGAAGCACAAAAGAUAUUUGAUCGUUGUAUAGAUAUUAGUGAUCGAUUCCCAGAUCACUAUCUAAAGGCUUUUCUCAGAUACAACUAUUCGAAAUUAUAUAAAAAGAGAAAGGAAAAGAACAAAGAGUUGGAGUUCCUCGGACAGGCACAAAUGAUCUUUGAGAUGAACAAUAUCACCACUGAUUUGUUGCCAAAGAUUCGCAAGCGUGUCGAGACGCUCAACAAGAGUGGCCUGAGUCGUAUCAAGGACUGGUUCAACGCACCGUCCAUCCUCAAACCAAGUGUCGGGCCCGAGAUCCAAGUGUCGCAGCAUCUCAGCACCGGACACAUGGAGAUGCUUUCAAGCAACGUCAACACACGCAAUGAAGACGUUCCAAGCGAGUGGCAGGCCAUCCUCAAUGAAGCCGGUAUUGCCAAGGAGAACUGGAACGACCCCACCUACAUGCAAAUGAUCCAAGACUUUGUCGGACAGGAAGAAUUUGAACGACAACGUAUGGUCAGUCCUAGCAGCAGUCCAUUUGUCAAUCCAUUUGUCGCCGUCGAAGAAGGUAGAAAGAAGGUUCAAGAAAUGGGUAAAAAGCUUAAAAACAAAGCAACCGCUGCCUAUAUGGAAAAGACAAGCAGAGGUUCUGAAAAGUCACUCGAACUAUCUGACUCAAAGAAUAGUAAUAAUAGUAAUAGUAGUACUGGAUCUGGUGGUGGUAGUGGUUGGGGAUUUUUCAAGGAUGGCAAAUCAAAAGAACAACCCAAACGAUCGUCAGUUGCAAACCCACCAUCUCCAUCUUCUUCUCCUCCAGUUCAUCGAAAGAGUCCAGUAGUAUCUGGUAGUAGCUGCAAUUCCAAAUCGUCAUCUACUUCCAUGUCUGCCUUGUCUGGAUCGACCAAGAGAAUGUCAUUGUCAACCGAUCCUCUCCCUCCACCAGCCCUACCUCAACCCAUCUUUUCUCCACCUCUUACAUCUUCCCUAUCUUCAUCUGGCACAUCGAUCAGUGAAGAUAGAUUGGCAAAUAGUAUGGAUUCAAAUAGCAGUGGACCAAUUGUCUAUCGAUCAUUCAAAGAGUCAAUUGAAACAGAAGAAAACGAUGAUGAAGAUGAUAGUUCAGAUGAUGACAAUGAUGAAAUGUAUAUGGAUCAAAGUAAUAUACAAAUGACUCAACAACAACAACCUAAACCUCUACCACCUGUUCCAACAAAUGCAGCUCUUCCUCUUCCACCUACACCUUCUCCACCUAUUACCACUACUACAGCUGCCCCAACUACUCGUGUGUCACCAACAACAUCUAGUCAGUCACUCUAUCCAAGAAUUGAGUAUCCUACUCAAUACCCAUUGGCACAUCAAGUACCACCAACCUACCCAGCCCCAGUACCCAAUUAUUAUAUCCAUCCAGCCCCUCCUGUACCGGCCCGUCCACCAACAUACAAUUACAUGGGAGGAUACCACCAACCACCCGUUGCCUAUCAACAACAAUACUAUCCUCCCCAAUAUUAUAAUAGUCAAUAUAUUUAUCCACAACAACAACCAGUUCAACAACAACCACAACAACAAUACCCACCAGUUGUUUACCAAUCACCUCCGCUCGUUCAACAACAACAACAACAACAACAAGUUCAACAACCAGUUGUUUCUCCAAUCAUUGCGCCAGUUUCACCACCUUACACUCAGUUUAAUCAUCAUCAAGUUCCUCCAUUACAAAUCCCACAAAGACCACUUCCAAGUCUUCCAGCACAUAUUUCAAAUGGCAAUAUUAAUAAUAAUAAUAAUAACAAUAAUAAUAAUAAUUAUCGAAAUGGACCAGCUUUGUAUCCUCCUAUUGUCACUACUACUCAACAAUCACCUGCAGUGCCAAUAUCUUUGUAUGGAUCCAAUUCAUCGACAGAUUUGUUACGUGAAACAAGACCAACACGUGAUGAUCCAUCCAACAUGUUUGAAAUUGACAGUGAUGACGAAGAUGAUGAUGACCAAUCAUCACCAAGACAACUACAACAACCACAACACCAAUCAUAUGGAUAUCCACAACAACCACAACAACAAUCACCACCAUACAAUCCAUAUCAACAACCAUCAUAUGGAUAUCAACAACAACAACAACCACAACAAACUACACCAUACUUGUAUCCACAUGUACAUCCACAACAAACACAACAACAACAAAAUAUGUUCAAUUGGCCAUCGGUUAAAACUCCAAUGGAUAAGGAUAGAUUGGUUUCAAUGCUUAAAACUAAAUUCCAAGAGCAACAAGGAUUUAAGAUUUAA